AUGCAGGCGGUUAAGAAGGUCGUGCACGACGCUGUCUCAGUGGAAGCUGCACGACUGCGGAAGUUCCUAGAGGCUGGUCGUGGUGAGACGAUCGUGCUGACUGGAGCAGGCAUAUCGACGGACUCUGGGAUUCCGGAUUACAGAGGACCUAAUGGCGUCUACAUUCGCAACAAGGACUUCCGUCCGAUCCAGUUCCAGGAGUUUGUUUCUGCUCACACGUAUCGACAGCGGUACUGGGCACGCAGCUUCCUCGGGUGGCCCAAAAUUCUGAACGCACAGCCGAACGGAUCGCACUACGCACUCACAGAGCUCCAACGCGCGGGCACAGUGUCGAGCAUCUUGACUCAGAACGUAGACCGGUUGCAUACGAAAAGCGGAUCGCACGGUGUUGUGGAGAUGCACGGAUCCCUGCACGAGGUGGAGUGCCAGGGGUGCGGGGACGUGAUCCCCCGCCAAAGCUUUCAAGACGCUUUGCGCAAGCUGAAUCCAGAAGUUGCUUCAUGGUCGGCGACACACCCGGACAAGAAGACUGGCGACGUCGCGUCAAGUGAGAACGUGAAUCCAGAUGGGGAUAUCGACAUUUCGUGGAGCUACGACGAAUUUGCCUACCCUGCGUGCAGCAAGUGCAGCGGCAUCAUGAAACCCAGAGUCGUGUUUUUUGGUGAGAAUAUGCCGGGAGUUACUCGAACGACUGCAUUGGAGCGCGUGAGCAGUGCGAACGCGCUACUGGUCGUUGGCUCGUCACUUGGGGUCCUGACAGCCAUGCGGUUGAUCAACCACGCACACGCUCGCAAGAUCCCCAUUGCCAUCGUCAAUUUGGGGCCGACGCGAGCCGAUGGGCUGUGUGAUCUACGCAUCGGUCAACCGUGCACACAAUUGCUCACCGAAGUAGCUGACCAGCACUGA